UUACUGAGGCACUGCUGUGGGUUUGAUUAAAAGUGCCAAAAAUUAUAUGGGAAUUUCUUCUACGUACCUGUCAGUUCUCAUUUUAAAAAGCAGAAUAAAGGAUUUUUUAAGUGUAUGGUUUAACUUUGCACCAAAAGGGUGCUUUAUAUUAGUAUUCAGGGGUGAUUCUGGCCCCUGUGCUGCCCUGAUUUCACCCCCCACCUAACUUUUACAGAAGGUAGGGGGACUGCACUGCUAGUGCAGGGAGCACAAUUGUACUAGAAAAGCCUAAAUUCUGAAUUUUUAAACAAUUUUUUUGUGCUCAUAAAGUUGCCAAGACUGUCUUUUUGCCACCUACAGCUACAUUCUCGACUUACUUCAUGAGUGCCCCUGGCAGUAUUAGGAGUGACCAAUGCAGUUCUAUGCAAGAUGGCAGCAGCUGCCAAAAUGCUCCUGUGCCAUUUAGUGCAUGAAGAAAAAUGACUUAAAUGCUGAUCGUGUGUAUAUGUCCAUGAGACUCUGUGGCAGAAAAGAGACCAACACCACACAGACAAAUAUAGUUAAAAACAAGAUGAAGUUUGAAGAUAUAGCAGUGCAGUUCUCAGAGGAAGAGUGGGGAUUCCUUAAUGAAAGACAGAAGCUUCUUUACAAGGAAGUGAUGACUGAGAAUUACCUUAUGCUUCUCUCAGUAGUUGAAAAUCCAGAUGUGUGCCCAAUAAAAUAUGAGACAUUAAACAUGGAUGACAAAGUGCAAAUGCUGACUGAUCUUCCUUCCUGUGACAGUUACUUCUCAGCCCCCAUUUCAUAUAACCUUCAAAAAAUGAAGGUUAAUUCAGAUGGUCGCACCGGAGAUACUCUGCAGAUUUUGAAUAAUGGGAGAAAAUAUAAACGUAAAAUCCGCCGUAGGAAACAAAACCACCGAAGGAAACCUGCCCGACCUGUUGUUCCGGUGAACAGAAAACCCCUUGCCUGCUCCCAGUGCGGGAAACAGUAUGUGAAGAAGCUGUGCCUGGUGAAACAUGAGAGAACCCACUUGGAGAACCCACUUUACAAAUGCAGUGAAUGUGGCAAGUGCUUCUCCCAUAGUUUCCAUCUGCUCAGGCACACGAGGAGCCACAAUAUUCAGAAACCUUUCCACUGCCCUGACUGUGCAAAAUGCUUUACAGAUAAUUCAACACUACAGAAGCACCAGAGAAUUCACUCGGGAACAAAACCCUUUGAAUGUUUAGAUUGCGGCAAAUGCUUUACUAUAAGCACCUAUCUGAUUGUACACCAGAGAACCCACACAGGGGAAAAACCCUAUAAGUGCAGUGAGUGUGACAAAAGCUUCAGCCAAAGCUCAGCCCUAAAUGUACACCAGAGGAUUCACACUGGGGAGAAACCCUAUGCCUGCACUGUUUGCAGGAAAACCUUUAACCACCAUUCACAUCUUAUUACCCAUCGAAGAAUACACACCGGAGAGAAACCAUUUGCAUGCACAGACUGUGGCCGUAAAUUUAACCACAGCUCCCACCUUGUAUCUCACAGGAGGAGACAUACAGGGGAGAAACCCUAUGCCUGCACUGAAUGUGACCGGGCCUAUGCUCAGAGGCAACAGCUUGUAAAGCACUUGAAGGCACAUGUAGAGGAGGGAUUGAUUUAGCGUCACCGCUAUGACCUCACCUUCAAUUUGUAAAGGCUGUGUCGAUGUUAAGCAAUUUUUCAAAAAAAUAAUAUAAUAAUAAUAAUAAAAUAAUAUCCUAAGUAA